AUGUCCGAUUAUGAGUUUGGAUUUGAUCAUGAACCAGAACAACAACAGGAGCCACGUAGCGUCUUCGUUGACGUGACCAAAAAACUCCAAGAAGAAGAAAUAAGACGCUUAAGGAAGCAAACUGAAGAAUUAAAAGAAGAAACUUAUGAAUUACGUGAUGAGAAUAAAAGAUUAAAAUCACAAGUACUCUCUUUUGAUAAAAAAUUAAGACGAUACGUAGAGGAUAUCGAUGAAUUAAAAUCAAGCCAAAAUGAAGUUGAACAGCUAAAAGAAAAGUAUGAAGAGUUAAAAAAAGAGAAUACAAAAUUAAUAAGAACUCAAUCAUCACAACAUAAAUCACAAAAAGAUAUCAACCUAUUAAAAGAAAAGGUCGAAGAAUUGAAAAACGAGAAUAGCGCACUAAAAUCACAGUCGUUUCUCAUAACAAAUCGCAAUAAAUCUAAAGUAACAGAAUUGAAAAAGGCCCUAGAAACAGCCGUAGAAGUUGUAGAUGAAAUCCUAUCAGGAUCAGAUUAUUCAAAUCGAUUAAAUCCACCCGGUACUGAUGAUAAAUCGAAAACUAGACGGUCUCCUAGUAAGACUCGUCAUGAUUCGAGUUUAGUUGCUGGUCAAGAAUUCAGGCCAUCUGAUGUAGAACAAGUAACAGAUGUUCCAAGUCAGCGUCGUUUUACUGAAGUACCAACUAUAGCAAAUUGGAAUGAGAAUGGACCAGAAACUAAAAGAUCACAAAAUAACAAUAACAAAUUUCGUGGCCAUCAACAAUUGCGUGAGCUAUUUGACAGAGAAGAUGUUGAAGAUAUCCGCUUCAUACCGCAGAAGACAUUUGCUCACAUUGAUUUCAAUUCUGAACAUGCAUUCAAUAGAGCUAUGGAUCUUAAUGGAACGAAUAAGAAUGAAUCGGGUCCAUUACGGGUAUCCCACGCUAGACCUCGUUAA